UUAGCUGCCUCCGACUCCUACAAUGCAAAGCACAAGCUGAUAAGCAAUCGGCUUUGGGACCUGGCGGGUGCCACAUGGCACAGUGACAUGGCCAGUGCCCACUGGGCUAGCAGCUCACCACCGUUCCUCUGAGCUCCCGGUGUCCGUCCCCGCCAGCCUGCGCCCAGUGGGAGCAUCCCCAUGCAUUGGGGGCUGCUGCCCCCCGGCCCGUAACGGGAAUCGCCGCUUGGCAGGGUCGGGCACCAUGAGGCAGCUGGGGAUGAGGCGUGCAAGUCUGUCGGCCAGCCUGAAGAUAGGGGACCGCAGGGGCUGCUGCCAGACGCCAGAGGAGGAGGAGGUCCACAUCCCCUUUGCGCAGGACAGCCUGGUGAAGCAAUGGAGUUCCAUGCAGAACAUGAUGGACAGAAGCGAGGAGAAAAGCAAGACUCCUGUCCGAAGGAACAAGUACCUGCUCAACAUCAACGUGGGUGGCCAGUUGUUCCAGAUCGCUUGCAAGGUGGCGGCCCAGUAUCCCAUCACCAGGCUUGGGAAGCUGGCCCUUUAUACCGACCCUACGAAGAAGAUGCAGCUCUGCGAUGACUACUCAGUGCAGAAGAACGAGUACUUCUUCGACAGAGAUCCUUCCAUUUUCCACUACAUCUUCCACUUCUAUUGCAGUGGGGUCCUGUGGAUAAUGGAUGAGGUAUGUCCCAGUAACUUUGUGGAGGAGACGGAGUACUGGGGGAUCCAUCUGAAAUACUCCCAGCGCUGCUGCCGGAUCCUGUUUGAGGAAAAGCAGGAUGAACUCAGCGAGUACCUGAAAAUACAAAAGGAGCUGGAGGCAGAGCUGGAGCCCCUGUCCUCAACGGUGCAGUUCGAAGGCAAAUUUCUGGGGCGGUUUCGGAAAAUGAUCUGGAACCUCAUUGAGGAUCCAUACUCUUCUGUCGCAGCCAAGAUCAUUGCUGUCAUGUCGAGCUUCUUUGUGCUCAUCUCCAUCAUGGGCAUGACGCUGAGCACAGUGGAGGAGAUGAAACACAAGACAGGGAAGAUGUGGAUGGAGCAGCUGGAGAUGAUCUGUGCCAUCUUCUUCACCUCCGAAUACCUCAUGCGGCUCAUCUCCUCCUCCAGCCUCAAGAACUUUCUGCGGGCGGCGUUUAAUGCUGUAGACCUGGUGGCCAUCCUGCCCUUCUACGUCCAGAUCCUCUUUGAAAAUUUGGAUGAAGGAGACAUGCUUUACCAUGAGGAACUGCACAAGGUGGAGAAUGUGAGCAAGCUGGGCAAAGUACUCAAGCUCAUCAAGCUCAUGAGAAUCUUCCGCAUCCUCAAGCUGGCACGCCACUCCACCGGCCUCCGAGCCUUCAGCUUCACCUUGCGCCAGUGCUACCAGCAGGUUUGCUGCCUCCUCCUCUUCAUUGCCAUGGGAAUCUUCACCUUCUCCGCUCUCAUGCACUCGGUGGAACAUGAUGUCCCAGGCACCGCCUUCACCAGUAUCCCCUGCGCGUGGUGGUGGGCAGCGGUAAGGUCAGCCUCUCCACUGUGGGCUAUGGAGACACGGUGCCCGACACGGUGCUUGGCAGGAUGGUGGCGUUUGGCUGCAUCUCCUUUGGCAUCAUCCUCAACGGCAUGCCCAUCUCCAUCCUCUUCAACAAGUUUUCGGACUACUACGCCAAGCUGAAGGCCCACGAAAACGAGACCAGCCACUCACUGAAGAUCUCCAGGAGGAUCCGCUUGAAGGAGCGAGCCCUGCGCAAGCUGUCCGAGUGCUGCAGAGCCGACCCCCGCUGUCAUCACUGAUCCCCCCCCCCAGACACCCCCUCCAUCCCGCUCUGCCCCCCCCUCCGGCAGGUCCUGUCCCCUGGGGAAGCCCCGUGAUGUGGGGAGCGAGCAGCAAGUCACAGCAGCAGCUGCGGGGGCUCUGCUGCUGUUUGGGGGGGGGUGGGUGGAAUGUGACGGUGACAGUGCUGUGACCCUGCGUGCUGACCCCCAUGUCCCACCGAGCCAUCGGUAAAGUACCGGCCACGUGGGUGGCCAAGGUGGCAUCUGCCCAGCCUGGGCUGGGCUGUGGGCACCCGGAGGAUGCAGGGUGACCUGUGGGAUGCACGGGGUGAGCCAUCACCUCCCUGAGGAUGGCAGAAGGGGACACCCACGGUGAGGCAGGAGCUGCUCUGCUCCCUCAGUGAGACACAUGCAGCCCCCUCCCCAGGUGGCAGCCCUGGACCCCUACCUGGCUGGGCAGAUGUUCAGCCCAGGCUGACCGAGUUUGAUGGGGGGCUUUGGGUGAAAGGCCACAAAAAAGGUGGCAGCCCCACAUCCUUCCAGCUAAACCCACCACCCACGGAGCCUGGGGGGACAGUCCUGGCUCAGGGUGGGAUGCGGCGGGAGCCAUGGGCACCCUGCGGCCGCAGCGCCGGGAGCUGGACCACCCCCAGGAACAGGCACUCAAUAAACCAGGGCAAAACCA